UGCGGCUGGAGGCCUUGGACAUUAACGGAGUUGGAAAAUCCCGACAAACAAUUGUACUCUCCUAUCCUAUCCUCCCACCAUAUCUCCCGCCAUGUCCAUGGACGAUCUUCCGGACUCUCUAGUUCUCGACAUCCUCUCUAGACUUUCUGAUUCCUCCGAUAUCGCUCGCUGCCGAGUCGUCUCCAAAACACUUAACCUCCUCUCUUGCCAGGUCAGGUCCAUCAACUUCUUCUGCUCCCUCUCUCGCUAUCUCAAAUCGAGAUCGCCGGAGACUAGAUCCCUUAUCACGCCCUUCAAGAUCGUCUUCGCUGAUCUGGUCCGAAGUUAUCGAUGUCUUCAGUCGGUCUCCAUUGGUGUGGAGAAGUCGCUCGCCGGGAUUUCGUACGAUGAUUUGGAGGACGAUUCUGACGAUUUGUUCUUAACGGAAGUGCGAUUUGUAAAGGAAUGGUUGCCUAUGGUUUGUGGAGAGUUGAGAUCGUUAUCGAUUUCCGACUUUUGGGCUCAAUCGUGUUGGCGACGGUCGGAUAUUCUGUCUCUGAUUUCUUCGUCUUGCCAUGAUCUUCUUCAACUGGAAUUGAAAAAUGCUUGGCUGUCAGUCGACAGUUUGUAUCCAAUGCCAAAACUCACAAGUUUGACACUUGAAUUUAUAAGGUUGGAUGAUGAGGACCUCAGCAAGGUCAAUGGUUGCUUCCCAUCUUUGCAAGUUCUUAACUUGAUAGGAGUUGGAGGACUUAAAGAACCAAAGAUCCAUCUCUUGCACCUUAAAACCUGCAAAUGGACGGUUUCAAAUGCUCCGCAUUCUUUGGGAAUUUUUGCCCCAAUCCUUGUGAAGCUCGAACUAAAAUGUAUUAAACCGAGUUCUAUUGUCCUUGACACUCCGUUAUUGGCUGAUCUUAAUAUCUCAAUUGAGAAGGCAAAGAGAUUUGAAGGGAAAGAGUUUCUUAAUUUGAAAAAUCUGCACCUUGAAUCCUCGAGGCUUCUUCGUCUAAUUGACUGGUUUCUGCCAAGUAGAAGUAAAACUGUUAAGAAGCUUACAAUUGAGUCCCGAAAAUCACCUGACCUUCCUCAGCUGAAAAUGAUAGAGACAACAUUUUAUGCCUUCCCGAAUGCUAGCACCCUUAACUUCGGACCUCUAGUUUGGUCACGGCUGGUAACCUGUUAUGGCCCUGAAGGAUUGAGCAGUAGUGCUACAGUGAUGGACCAGUUGAAAGAAAUUACUGCGUAUUUAAUGCCCUGUGCUCUUAAUGACUCUUUCGGGUUCAUUUCAGGUCUCUUGCGCAUAUCAGUUCCUAACUUGUCAGACAUGUCAUUGCUCAUCCACCAUGAAGUUGAUUCUAGCAUUGUUACGAAUCUCAUCUCCAAGUGUAUAGCUUGUCAUCCAAGAGUCAGAUGGAGAUGGGGAAUUUGGAAGGAAGGUGCGGAAAACAGUUGGCAUCUAGUUUCGUAACCCUUGCACUCUGAAGAAGAUGCAGAAUUAAGCUUAAUUUGUUGGUGUUGUAAUUCAAGUUGAGUCUGUGGUCUUGUAGUUUGAUACUGCAGUGAGUAACUCGUUCAGCAACCGAGUGCAAUGGAACACAGAAGAACUGAUACAGGAAGCUUAUAUAUUCGCAUGUGAGGAUAAAACAAGUGCCCAAAUAUACUAUAUUGGGUCAUUUGAUGGUACAUCACUGUAUAUUUAGUAGUGAUGCAGGAUCUUGCUGCUUCUUUGCUUGCUUGCGUCUAUGUUAUCGUAGCUUGUCUGAAUUGUGUAGUUGUAAUGAGGAGAAUCGUUAGUAUGGAUAUUGGGUUUAUUCCAGUGAAGCUUGGAGAGGGGCCGGAAUGGUGGAAUGGUGGAAGUUUUCUCAUCUUUCUUUGUUAGAUUAGAUUGGCUGACUUGGCCUUGUGAAUCAGGAGUCCGGGUAAUAUUGUUUUCCGACGGGUUGCGGCAGAAAUCCAUUGCUAGUAUGGCCUGGACAAAAGUUGUGUGAAAAAUAGACGUCCUAAUCUUGUAUUGUAUACGGUUACAUGUACAUCCUGUAUAUAGAUUUCGGGUUAUUCACGUGUCUUGGAAAAGAAAUCAUGUAACAUAUAUUUAUUCCAUAGACUGGGAUUCGUUUAGCGCAGUUUGCCCUUGCUAAACGCAUUGUUCGUUUUUGGUUUGAAUGUACCGUCUAAGUAUUUGGCUGAACAAUGUGUAUGAAAGAAAUUAAAGAUGAAUGUGUAAGAAGUUGCUUUCGCAUUCGAUGAAA